AAACACGUUGACGUAGUUUGGGGGGCAUUGUUUGAAGAGCAGGGGAAGCGUGCCACAGUUGUCUAGAUUUAAGCUCGCCGAUAAUUUUCUUUAGCCACAAUUCAAGUCUAAUUACUAGCAACACUUGAAUUUACGUUUAUCAAAUAAUUAUAUAUAGCGGCCAUGUAUUAGCAACAUAGACACGUACGAGUUUGUGUUGUAACAAAGCUGAAGUUGGACAGCUAACGUUAGCUAGUGCUACUUCCUCCAUCAGACUAGAAAUUAGUGUUAAUGUUAGCUAUACUUUAUAAUUGAGCCAACAUCAGUCUUGUUCGCUAUGUAAGUAGCUAGCUAGUUCAAGUAAAGCACAAGUCUUGCGUAGUCUUGUGUAAACUCACCAUUGUGAGAAUGUUCAGGCUAACGUUACUGCUGUAGCUAGUUAGCACCAGAUGAGGAAAGAGAACUGAAUUGUCAGGCGUAAUUUUUUUGUUGGCGUUCAUAUUUUUUUAUUCACCAUUAACUGGUGUUUUAGAUUAAUACUUAGCACAGCAAGCAUAUCGUUCAAUGUAGUUGGCUAGCUUUAUGUAGUGAUUUUUUUUAACGUUUAACUAAGAUUGUUCUAGCAGGAAGUACAGUAACCUUAAGAGAAUAGCUUGGUAGAAAAUGGAGUAAAGCAGUUACAGUAGUCCAUCCAUUGAAAAGCAAAAGUAACGUUAGCUUGUUAUCCUUUGAGGCCAGCUUUAUACAUCGGGAACCCCACAUCUCCUUUGUUUCAGGUUGUGGCAAAAAAACUUUUUCAAAUAACUUUGUAUAGACCGCUAGCAAGUUAUGACAAUCCCUUUAUGUUGAAAACUAACGUUAGCUGGCUAGUUUGCUGCUAGCUACCGACCGAAUGCUGCUACCGAUUGCAUAGCUUCCUAGGCAGCUUGCUAGCGUGUCACUUUCCCAACUGCAUCCUAAAGAUGUCGAACGCCAUAAACGAAGGUCUGUUCUUGAUAAAAGACGUGAAGCCUGGAUCGAAAAAUUUAAAUAUCGUAUUCAUUGUUUUGGAAAUAGGGCCAGAGGAACAAUUGAGUCGAUUGUGCAACUUAGUGCAAACAUGUAAUCGACGGGUAACCAAGACGAAGGAUGGCCAUGAGGUGCGUUCCUGCAAGGUAGCGGACAAGAGCGGAAGCAUCGCCAUCUCUGUCUGGGACGAGCUGGGCAGCCUCAUUCAGCCUGGGGACAUUAUCCGGCUGACCAGAGGCUACGCAUCCAUGUGGAAGGGCUGCCUGACCCUGUACACUGGAAGAGGUGGAGACCUGCAGAAGAUCGGAGAGUUUUGCAUGGUGUAUUCCGAAGUGCCUAACUUCAGUGAGCCCAACGCAGAUCUGCUAGCCCAGAACCAGCAGAACAAGACUGGCAAAUCGGAUCAGAGGGGGAAUUCUCCACCUAAUCAGAAUUCAGGUACACCUGCUCAGUCAGGUAACGGUGCCAUGAUACCAUUUGUCAACAACAACAGUUCUCCCUCCACUCCUCGUGAUCCUGUCUUUGGGAGUGUGGGGCGGACUAACGGCCGUUCCCCUGGCAGCGCAGCUCCUCCAAUGUCCGCUGUGGGACCUCCCAGUGCCCCCAAGCCUUCGGUCACUAUUAGCAAUGGCAGGGACCCCCGGCGUGCCAAGAGAUGAAACUGGCAUAAGGGAAAACUUUCCCCUGGCCUCUUAACCCCCCCCCCCCCCCCCUCCUCCUCCUCACUCUCCCUUCCAUCUACCUUUUGAACAAGCCAGAUCUGGCAUUUGCAACAUCACUGAAAAAUACUAGUUUCUGAUCUGCAGCUUAUACUGGUUAACCUAGUUGACGUUGUCUUUCUCUAGUUGAGCUAAUGUUUGUUGGUUAUGCCAUCAGUUGCAUAAAGCACCUCACUGAAUAAUUGUGACCUAAACAUGAACACAGUAGCAGGACUUGCAAAGCUCUUGACAUAAAGUAUGUAUACCCCCUUCCACCACCACCAUAAUUGCCAAUUUUGUGCCAAUGUUAUUGACAACCCUCCCUGUGCCUCUCUCGCCUAUCUUGUUGGCUGAAACUAUACACCCUACUUGACCACUAGAUGCACUUUCUUCUCUUUAAGUCAAAGUGAAUGCAUCACUAAUUUGAUUUAGGAACUGAUUACUGCUGAUGGGGAAAGCCUUACGUAGGCGCAACAACUUUUUGGACAGAAUUAACUAACAAACCCCCCUUGGGAGGAUCUACUCCCUUCUCAACCAAAACAUAUCAAAAGUGACUGAAAAGAAGGUGAUAGUUUGAUUUUUAAAGGUAGGUCGCUUAGAUUUAGUUGAAUGGCUACAGUUUUCAUGAGGGCUAGUUUAUUUGCUGCCCAGUUAUGAACAAUACGUUUGUUAGGUGGGAACACUUAAGAGGUUCACCCAAAUAUAUUUUACUGCCAUUUUGAUUUCUAUUUCAUCUCUUGAGAUACAGAUGGUGAAGUAGCUAAUGAGUGCAAUAAAUAAUAUUGUCACAUUUAA